AUGUAUAACGGAAUCGGUUUACAGACGGCUCGUGGCAGCGGUACCAAUGGCUACGUCCAGAGGAAUAUGUCUUUUGUGAAGCAAAUGAAGGAUAAGAUUCAAUACAAGAGCGAAGACGACUUCAAACGUCUGGAGCGGGAGUUGAAUAGAGUUCCCAAUCAAGAGAUCUUAGAGCAUCAGAACAAACGACAGAUUGAACUCAAAUGUCUUCAGCUCACAGAGGAUAUGGAGAGCCAGGGCUAUUCGGACGGAGAGAUCGAGAGAGUGGUUGACAGCCGUCGCAGAGAAUGGACUCAAGAUAUGCAACAGAAGAAGAACUACAGCGGGAAGAAGGAGUGGGUUAUGGAUAGAGACGACAGUUCGCCACAAAAUCUAGUCGUGGAUGGAGUGGUGUUUGUGGUGCGCACUGAAGAUGAUCCAAACCAUAGGGAGUAUGGCAUCGCUAUAGAGAAGCCAAUUAUUGAGCGGUUAUUCAAGUUCCAGAAGUUUUGGCAAAAUUCGUUGCGCGCCUUGUUUUUGGCCGCCUCUGGCCAACAGUCGUUCCCACCGGCCGUGCAAUCGUGUCCUCCAUUGCCAUUGCCAUUGCCAUCGACGGCCACCACAUCCACGUCGACGGCUAUCGAAUCUUCCAUUAAUUGCAAUACAUAUCCGCUUCAGUUGCCGUUCCCUAACAUCGCUAACGAUAUGACACAUAAAAGUAGUUCCUAUCGCCGAAGAAGACGUCGGAAAAGAAAUAGAAAUCGACGGUUCAAUCAGUCGUUCAAACAAAAUACCAUUUUUAACAAUAAUAAUGAGACAAACCUUCAAAUGAAAGUCAAGAGUAUUGUGAGUCUGAAAGAGACCCACAAAUUGGCGGAAAUGAACCAUAAAAAGAAUGAUAACCUGAAGAAUGCGUUGAGAAUCAGUUCAAACUUCAUCGAAGGUUCGUCUCUGGAUCCGACCCGAAAGGCAAAGGAGGCGAUGGCCAGAGAGGCCCUCAAUCAGAAAAAAUACGCUUUACUUCCGGAACCACUCAAAGAAUCGGAUUUGAAAAGUGAUAAAAAAGAUCAUAAGAGUAGCGAUAAGAGUAAAAGUGAUCGCAAAGACAGAUCACAUAAAAAGCAAUCGCGUAAUAAGAGUUCAGAUUCUGAGAGCGAAUCCGAUUCAGACAGCGAUUCCUCUGACGAUAGCUCGUCCAGAAAGAGGAGCAAAACUAAGUCCUCGAAAUCCAAACGAAGUGAUAAACACAAGAAGUCGAGUAAAAGUAAAGGACAUAAGUCUUCGAUAAAACGCCAUAAAUAUAGCGAUUCUUCGUCUUCUGGUUCUGACUCCGAGUCGGACUCCAGAAGCAGUAGUGAUAGUGAGAGCUCUGAUUCUUCCAAUAGUUCUCAUUACGAUCGCAGAGAUAAUCGCAAGAAUGGCGGCUCGAAGACCGACCGCAACAGGAGACGAUCGUAUAGUCCCUCAGCGGACCGAAAUCGGGACAAAUCUCGACCUCAUUUAGAGCCGAAGGAGUCGACCGCUGGAAACGACGACAUUAGCACCAAAACGAGUCGUUUGAUUGAAAUGAAUAUCAAACAAAUGAGAAAAGAGGCCGAAAAUAGUACAACAAAUGUAAGGCCCGACUCCAGACAUAGCGAUAACAGACAACACAAAGAGAUUAGGAAAGAGAGCACUCAUUCGAGUCCUCCUCCGCGGCAGCCGUCGCGACGCCGAUCCCAAUCACGAUCGAGAUCUCGCUCUUCAAGCCGUGAGUCGGAUCGAGAGCCCCAACCAAAGCGCCUCAAAAGUGCUGUCUAUGAGACCAAACGGGCCAAAGAAGUGCCCAAAAGCUAUUCCACUCAUUACGAGAACAAACGGUCCGAAUCGAGAAGCAACCGAUCGCUGACUCCCGACCACAAGAGGUCCCGACAAUCGAGUCGUUCGCGUAGAUCGCGAUCCCGUUCUUUGAGUUCAAAUCACUCGCGAAGUUCUGCGUCUUCGAAAUCUAGUUCUUCAUCGAAGUCUUCGGUGUCCCGACACGACAGCCGCAGCCCUUCAAUCCCGCGCCGGAAGGGAUCCCCGAGUUUUCUAGAGAAACGCAGAAUCACCAGCGCCCGAAAGCGUCCCAUUCCCUAUCGGCGAGGCUCGCGGUCGAGCUCUCAGUCCUCUUCGAGCUCCCAUUCCUCGAGAUCCCCGUCUCGGGACAGUUGGCGAUCGCUAUCAGUCUCCUCCGAUUCGCUCAACUCAUAUCUACUCACAUAGUAUUAGCUGUAAAUGUGUCGCUAAUUUGUAGUCAAUUAACUCAAGCAUAAUAUAUUGAUUAACAUAUUUAUUAUACUAACAGACAUUUCGUAUGAGAUUUAUAUAAAGUUGUGUCACUUUAGAGCAAUAGUUAAACAGUUGUAUGAAUUGGUUAUAAACGGAUAAACCGUUGGAAUUGAAUGAUUGAAUUCAAGCAGUGAUUCAAUUCUAUCCACCCUUUGAAGUGACAU